GGGUAUAGGUGUCUAUACAAGCUGCACUUCUUUAACCUCAGAGGAAUCUCUCCCAUCUCCAUCAUGCCGAUGAAAUGACGGCUUCUCCAGGCAUGUGGGUGAAUAGAAUUGUACUGCACAUCCUUCUUGUGGUGCUAUCUCUGGAUAUCUGUCAGGUUUAUGGAAAUGUGACUGGGAACUGUACUGUUGAACUUCAGGUUACAAGAGGUUACAGAUAUGAUGGAAAACCUGGGGACUCCCUCAGUAUAGAGUGUCCAGUGAAGUACUGCACAGAAAAGCCGGCCAUGAACUGGUGCAAGAUAGAGGGGGUACGCUGCUUACUUCUGAAAAAUGAGUCAAACAUGCACACAGCCUGGGGAGAAGGGAACAUGUUUGUUCUGAACAUUGUACCUGUUCAUCAGAACAACAGUGGAUUAUAUCGUUGUCAAGCUACUGUGGGCAGCUUAAGCAGUAAGAGCCAUUCAGUAAUAGUUACUGUUCAAGAAGUGGCUACAAAUGCCCCCACAACUCCACCAUCAAAGGAAUUUGCAGGUGCCACUAAUGUCACAGAAGCUCCUCAAGGACCUAACAACAACAAUAAGAAGUGGAUUAUUUAUGCCCUACCAUCUCUGGGGGCAUUGUGUCUCCUCAUCCUUAUCUGCUUAUGCCUGUUGUGUUGUCUGCGGUGGCACCAAGUGAAACCCAAGACAACCCCAGUAACCUCACAGAAGGAAAUGAACACGGUCAGCAGAUCUACAUGUGCUCCAUACCACACCGAUAGGACCACGCAUGACCCCAGUGAAGGGUCUACACUUUACUAUUGCUCCAUGGCUAGCCUGCAGCAACCAUCGGAUGACAGCACAAUAUAUGAUAAUCAUGUCCCUCACUGGAAUGGUAGCAGGGCAGCAACUGGCAACGCCUGUGACAGUGCUGCUGUUGAUUCCUACCAGCCCUCAUAUGAGAGCGAAGAUGUCCUUGUUUAUGCUUCACUAAACCAUUCUAGUAUAGAAAAGCUCCCGAGAAAGGAGCAGGAUGUGGAAAUUGAACUUACAGAAUAUGCCACCGUUUGUGUGAAGAAAUAGCCCUGGCAAUGACAUAUCUUUAACUUGGCCGGCACCAUAACGUUACAUGUCCUGCAGUGACUCAAGCUUUAAAGCAGGAGCAUAAGUACACCUUCUAAACAAAGAGGAACUCUCGUCAGUAAAAGCAUGCUGAUUCUUAUGAUAUGUGCUGGAAUUCACACUUAAGCGAAGUCCAUGUUCAUACUUGGAUAUUAGCAACCACAUGUUUGUUAUCUUCCACGUGGAUUCAUUUGAAGCUUUCAUAUUCCAGGAACCCCCUGCUCUGAUCAAAGCACUGCCCAGAACAAAGUCAGAGUUUGGAUAGGAUCAAUAAAACCUGAAUAAUAAAGGUUAGGAGCAUUGGAAAAGAAAACAAAUUUAAAGGACAAUGAGCUAGAUUAGGUCCACUGGGGGAAAAUAUGAAUUAUUUUUGUUGAAGAAAAUUUUUGAUGAUAUGAAUUUUGCUUGAGGAACAUAUUUAAGCAUAAAACUGGGAGGUGUUCUGUGACUAUGAAGAACAUAUCAACCUGCUACUAACUAAAAAGCAAGCUAAUGUUUUUUGUUUUUGUUUUCUACUACUAAUUUAUAAUUCUCAACCAGCAGCCUAUCGCCAUGAGUGUAUAUGGAGUUAUCUAGACAGUAUAAUAUAUAUAUAUAUA